AAUAGGUUACAAAAAUUUCUCCGAUAAAAUUUUUUGUCAAAAUUAUUCCAUAAAAGUUUUUUGUCAAAAUUCUUUUCUUUCAAAAUAAAAUUGAAAAUAACGUCGAAUCAUUCACCUCACUUCUAUUUAUCGGCUUCCAUAAAUUUUCGUUCAAAUAAAUUAUAAGUGAAAAUCCACUUAUUAAUCAAAAAAAUGAAUACAUCUGAGGCGUAUGCAACUAAAUUGUUCGACGAAUUUUGUAAUGCAACUACCUCGCAUCAAAUUUUUGGCAUACAUAAACAAAUCUGUGAUGACUUCUAUAUUCGCCCUUCAGUCAUUAACGAAUUUCUCCCAAAGAUAAAAAAAAUCUUUAAUUCAUGGAAAGCGAGGAACUUGUGGAAUAUAUUGAACGUGCGAACUGACCACACUGUAUACGAAAAUGGAAAUGCUUGCAGUGGGACACGAGUAUUAGUCGUAGGUGCAGGACCCUGCGGUUUACGUACGGCUAUAGAAGCCCAAAUGCUGGGAGCGAAAGUCGUUGUAAUAGAAAAGAGAAAUCAGAUAACGCGUAAUAAUGUGCUUCGCCUGUGGCCGUUCGUAAUAACAGAUUUACGCAAUUUGGCUGCAAAAACUUUCUAUGGUAAAUUCUGUUUGGGGUCCAUUAACCACGUCUCAACACGGCAACUGCAAUGUAUAUUACUUAAAAUAGCCCUGUUAUUAGGUGUUGAAGUACAUGAUUGCGUCGCUUUUGAAGAUCUGAUUGAGCCCUGUGGGGAUGGUUGUGGUUGGAAAGCAUCUGUUGUGCCAAAAAAUCAUGUUGUCUCGCAAUACGAAUUCGAUGUUCUAGUUGGUGCUGCUGGUACACAAUUCAUUCUAAAAGACUUCACAAGAAAAGCAUUAAGGGGCCAAUUAGCGAUUGCAAUAACUGCAAAUUUCGUAAAUCAGAGAACAGAAGCUGAAACCAGGGCUGAGGAGAUAAGUGGUGUGGCGAGGCCAUUCAGGCAGGCGUUCUUCAAGGACUUAUGUCGAAACACAAACAUUGAUUUGGAAAAUAUAGUCUACUAUAAAAAUGAAACGCAUUAUUUUGUGAUGACGGCAAAAAAACAAAGUCUGAUCGAUGAAGGUGUGAUUCUGAAGAAUUUCGUUGAUCCAGUAAAACUGCUUGCUGGUGGUAAUAUAAACAGAGAGAAACUAUACGAUUAUGCUCGGCGAGCUGCUGAAUAUUCCACACAUUACAGGAUGCCCAACUUGACAUUCGCUACAAAUCAUUAUGGUAAACCGGAUGUUGCUAUAUUUGACUUCACAUCAAUGUAUGCUGCAGAGAGCUCCUGUCUGGCGAAAGUACGUAAUGGCUUCCGACUUUUAGAAUGUCUUGUGGGAGAUAGUUUGUUAGAACCAUUCUGGCCGACAGGCUCAGGAAUAGCACGAGGGUUCCUGUCAAGUAUGGAUGCAGCAUAUGCUAUUAAAUUGUGGAGUGAUAAGCGCAAAGAUAUAUUACAAGUUUUGUCACAACGAGAAAGUAUUUAUAGAUUAUUAAAUCAAGCAACUACUGACAAUCUGCGACGCGACAUUAAUGCAUAUACUUUAGAUCCAGUGACCCGAUAUCCCAAUUUAAACCUCAAUGCUGUAAAAGAAUUCCAAGUAGAACAUCUUUUGAGUACAUAUGACACAGCUAUUUUGGAGAGUACAGAGAAAAUCGAUGUUAUUGAAUCAUUUGAGGUGGCGUCCGAUGAUUUGGAAGAACUAGAGGAAAUCGAGAUUGUUGAACCGUUUGAAAUGGUAGAAACAUUUUUGGAGGAACUAGAGGACGUCGAUGUUACUGAGUCGUAUGAAAUUGUUCCGACUUGCAGAAAGUCAAUAAGUACUACUGACAUAUCGUCAAUUGUCGAAUAUAUUCCUGCCGAAGACUCUAUUAUAGACGUUGCAGAGUUGCACGAUAGAUAUCAAGAAUCAACUGAACUUGAUAAUAUAGAAUUAGAAAGUGCUGUCAGAGAAAUUGAUGUUACAGAAUCCAUUGUUUCUAAAAGUAGUAGCGCUUAUAGAAUUGAUGAGAAAGUGAAAUAUAAAUCUGUAAGUUUGGUAAAUGAUUUAAUGGAACAAACACCAGAAUUUGUUGAUUCAUUGAAUGGUAUUCCUGAACAAGUUGAAUACAAUUCUUUGAAUUUAGAAAAUAUUUUUAUUGAACAAGUACCCAAAUUUGCGGACACUCUCUUUAUAAAUGAAGAACACUUUGUUGCUGAAAAGAAGGACUUAAUAUUCGGUGAUUUAAGUGACUUAAUUGAGCCGGACUUAGGUAUUGAUGAAGAAGACAUAGAAUCAAGUAUUGCGAACUUACCUCAAAAAUCAAAAUCUGGUUUAUACCAAGGAAUCAAGGAUAUUAUGGGAAUUUUGGCCAAACCAAUGGCAUUAUUAUUCUUUACUCUGUGUUGCGCGUACUAUAUGUGGAAGUGAGGUCUGGUUGAUUUUUGCGUUAAACCAUCUUUUUACGAGCAUAAUUUAAAUUUUUACUAUCAAUAAGAGACAUUUAUCAUCUCUAUAUAUUGCAUGCUGAGGUUCACUAAACGCAGAUAUCCAGUACUUAGUUAUUGACAAUGUAUUUGGUCAAUACUCAAUAUCACCAAUCUCAAAGAUGGCUUCAGUUUAAGUGAAUAACAAGCAGUUUCUUUUUGAUAUCUAAGUACAAAUACAAUCUAAUGCAUGAAUAUGGAAGUUCUUGAGAAGUUUGCGGAAAAAGAUUUGCUAACUAGUAUUGUCACUAUAAUUGGUUGUUGAAAGAAUUGUUCAUAGUAAUAAUUUUCAAUAGAAUUUUGAUUUUAAAUUUUUAUCACAAUAUUUUGGUAAAUAACAUAGUACAUUUUUUUUUUAUUACUUUAAUUUAAUUACUUUGUGUUCCUGUACAUAACUUUCAUUUCAAUUACAUCCUUUAUAAAUAAGCACAUAAAAAUUUUCGGACUAAAUUUAAGGAGAAAUAAACACUAUUU